CAUUGGUACGGUACAAUGCUAUAUAUAUUUGACUAUCUCUCAUUUUCCACUUUCAAUGCAGUUUGUAAUUCCACUCAGUGCUCUGAAGAAAAGAAUCAACACUGUAUUAUGAAAGUGGAAAACGUUCCAGAGUGUCGGUGUCUGUCUGGUUUCCAAGAAGAGGGUGACAAAUGUCAGAAGUGUGCUUUUGGCUACUCUGGGGAAGACUGUAAAGAAGUUUACCUGGCAGCCCUCGUAGGAGUAUCUGUUGCGUGUGGAGUUGUUAUUAUAGUCUUAAUUGGAGUGCUCAUCUACAAAGUAAUCAGAAGAAAUAAAGAGCCUUCACUUGAAAGAAGGAGCUUGCUACAAAACGAUUAUUCAACCACAAGAGAAACUCCUGGAAAUGGCUCUUACACCAACCCUGCUGUAAAGCAGAGGAUGUUCCCCAGGGUCCAAGCUGGAAAUCCUGCAGGGGCAACCAGAACAACCACAGCUAACCAAGGAAGCAAUUUCCGUGAAGCAGGCACAGCAAACAAGGCUUACGUUCCUGAGCGGGACUAUGAUGACGACAAUAAUCCCUGGCUUGAAAUGUCAUCAAGAGACAGAUUCUGAGUCCAGCCAUAAGAGACUGUGGAUGUUUGUGAAUGCGAACAUUACUGAGAAGCCAACACACGUUUCUCCUGAACCGCUUUGUGAAACUGCUGUUUGGUAAUUAGAGUGCUCACAAUACAGAAGAAGAAUCCUGCUAAUCACUUCUGAAGGAUCGACAUGCCACCUAAAUGGCACUAGCUCUACUCUCAGUCCAGAGAAAGGCUGAUUCUUUUUUUUCUUGUCUUU